UAUUGCCCUGCUGCUUGUACCUGGACGAUUGACCAGUGACCCUCCCUUCACUCCCACUCCUACCCAAGUGACCCUCUCCUUUCUCCCCACUCCUGCCUGGCCCUGGGUGGCCAGCAGCAUGGCACAGACAGAUGUGCUUCUGACCAAGGAGCCUGCCCCACAGUCAAUACCGGUCUGCGAGUUGCCUUGCAAGAAGCAUGAUGUGGCCUGCAACACUGGCGCCUACACAUCCUCCGGCCUGGCCACCGCCGGCUUCCGCACUGCCAAGUACCUAGUGAACGAGUGGUUCCAGAACUGCUAUGCCCGCUACCACCAGGCCUUCGCAGACCGGGACCACUCGGAACGCCAGCGGCAUGAGAGCCAGCAGCUGGCGGCCGAGACAGAGGCGCUGGCCCAGCGCACGCAGCAGGACUCCACGCUCAAGGUGGGCCAGCGCCUGGAGGACAUGCACUGCUGGAAGUCGGAGCUGCAGAGGGAAGUGGACCAGCUCACCAGCGAGACCGACCUGCUGCUGGCGCAGAAGCAGCGGCUGGAGCGUGCCCUGGAUGCCACCGCGGUGCCUUUCUCCAUCGCCAUGGACAACCUGCAGUGCCGCGAGCGCCGCCAGCACCCGGACCUCGUGCGCGACUACGUGGAGGUGGAGCUGUUCAAGGAAGCGGAGCUCAUCAGAAACAUCCAGGACCUCCUGAAAAGAACCAUCCUGCAAGCCGUGACCCAGAUACGGUGGAAUCGGGAACAGAAGGAGACCUGUGAGAUGGACUGGUCAGACAAAGUGGAAGCCUACAACAUCGAUGACACCUGCGCCCACUACCACAACCAAAGCACCCAGGUUCAGUUCCACCCACACUCCAGCAAGUUCGAGGAGAGCGCCUCCACGCCCGAGACUUGGACCAAGUUCACCCAGGACAACCUGCUCCGUGCGGAGCGUGAGCGCCUGGCUUCGGCGAACCUGAGAGCGCUCAUCGACUGCAUCCUGCGGGACACGGCCGAGGACCUGCGGCUGCAGUGCGACGCCGUCAACCAGGCCUUCUCCCGCCGCUGCGAGGAGCUGGAGGACGCGCGCUACAAGCUGCAAUAUCACCUGAACAAGACACUACGGGAGAUCACAGACCAGGAGCAGCAGGUGGGUGCACUGAAGCAGGCCAUCAAAGACAAGGAGGCGCCUCUGCGCGUGGCCCAGACCCGUCUGUACCAGCGCUCACACCGGCCCAAUGUGGAGCUCUGCCGGGAUGCUGCGCAGUUCAGGCUGAUGAGCGAGGUGGAGGAGUUGACCACGUCCCUGGCUGCGCUGAAGGACAAGCUACAGGACGCAGAGCAGGCGCUGCGGAACCUGGAGGACACACGCAUGAGCCUGGAGAAGGACAUCGCCGUCAAGAGCAACAGCCUCUUCAUCGACCGCCAGAAGUGCAUGAACCACCGCAACCGCUACCCCAGUGUCUUCCAGCUGGCCGGCUACCAGUGACCCAGGCUGGCACCUGGCCACCCCACCCCAAUAAAGAGCACCAUAGCUGCCCACCUUGUGUUGCAGGGUGGGGAGACCAGUGCUAUCUGUCUA